GUCCGUCAACAUACUGAACGAUUGAAGCUGGCCACAAAUUGAUAGGUGCCAGAUAGUUUAUAUUACCAUGGAACGACUCAUGGCUCGGAUCGAUCCGAGAGUAUCUACAAUCCGAAGAUCACCAGCACCAAACUCAGCCGACAUCGUUCCAAACCGAAUUCAUUUUCUGGUCACGACUAUACUCCAUGGUCAUACCCAUCUUCUAUUCUCACCAACUAAAGUCGCCACCCCCCAAUUAUCAACGGCGUUCGCAAACCGCAAACAGGAUGUUAAUAUGGCCAAAUUGAGGCUUCACUCAAGAGAUUACAGGGUAUCAAUAUCCAAGCACAGACAAUGCCUAGCCUCACCCUCCGGCAAAACGGCAUCUCCAUCCGUCUCUUCCGGCCUUCGACGACAGGAGGGAAGUUGUCCCAGAUGUCAAAGAAGGUGCUUUGUCUGCAGCGCAGCAGCUACACAUCUGGGCGAAUGCCAUAUUGUGGCUUCAUCAGCGCUGGUGCCGUUUGAACACCAGCUUAAUCUAAACGAAAAACCGGUAGAAAAGCUCGACGAUAAGGCGUAUCUGGACGGAACUAUCAGGUUCAGUCACGCUCCACCGAUCUUGACUGCCGAGAAAAGUCCGUUGUAGCCUGACCAUACCUCGGGAAACCGGUUCGCGGUCGCGCUAUUGUUCGUGUUUGUCAGAAUUGUGAGAAACUGUGGACUCAUAUAGCCUUGCUUCCGAGGAUUCAGCUCUAGUGUUGUUCGGAGAGUAUCUAGUGGGCGAGGCUUC